AUGAUGCAAUUGGACGUUGAGCAGCUUUUGAUAGACCUUACCCUUCUGGAGAAGAUCUCACUUCUUGCGGGUUUGAACUCAUGCCAAACUGUGAAGGUUGACAGAUUAAACAUUCCUGAAGUCCGUGUCUCGGAUGGACCCAACGGAGUUCGUGGAACAAGGUUCUUUAACUCAAUUCCAUCCAAUUGUUUCCCAUGUGGAACUGGAAUGGCUUCCACCUUCAACAAAGAUUUGCUCUUGGAGGCCGGAAAGUUGAUGUGCAAAGAAGCCAAGAUGAAAAGCAUCCACUGCAUUCUUGGUCCCACUUGUAACAUUGCACGUGGACCAUUAGGAGGAAGAACAUUUGAAUCAUACUCGGAGGAUCCGGUGUUAUCUGGUAUUAUGUCAGCGGCCAUUAUCAACGGAAUCCAGCUGGGAAAUGUGGUUGCCUGUUUGAAGCACUUUGUUUGUAAUGACCAGGAAGAAGACAGAAACGGCGUUGACACUAUUGUCACCGAGAGAGCUUUGCGUGAGGUGUACUUGAAACCUUUCCAGAUUGCUGUGCGUGAUGCUAACCCGGGAGCCAUGAUGAUUGCCUUCAACAAGGUGAAUGGAGAGCAUGUUUCUCAAGACAAGAAGUUUCUUCAGGACGUCUUGAGAAAGGAAUGGGAAUGGGAUGGCUUGACAAUGUCAGACUGGUUUGGAACUUAUACCACCAAACAAGCCCUCGAGGCUGGUUUGAACUUGGAGAUGCCUGGGCCAACCAGAAUGCGUCAAGAAGUCCAGACAUCGCACAUGGUGGUCUGUAAUGAAAUUCACAGAGAUGUCAUAGAUGACAAUGUUCGCCAUGUUCUCAAGUUCAUCAAUAACUGUCUAAUGGCAGAGAUUCCUGAUGAUUUUGAAGAAACUGAGAAUACCGACCCUGCUGCUUCAACUCUCUUGCGUCAAAUUGCUGGCGAAUCUCUUGUGUUGCUAAAGAACGAAGAUAAUAUUUUGCCAUUGAGCCCAGAAAAUGAAGUAGGAAAUGAACUUAUUGCAGUGAUUGGACCAAACGCAAGAGCCGAGAGAAAUUCAGGAGGUGGCUCUGCUUCAAUUCGUACGAGAUACACUAUCACUCCCUUCGAAGGAAUCCUAAACAAAGUGAAAGAGCGUGCUGGUGAUAAUGCUGUUAUUAUCGAGCAUUCACUUGGUGCUUACUUGGAUAAGACAAUGCCAGAUAUUGGAAACAUUUUAACCCGUGAGAAUGGUGAGAAAGGUUUUACAAUUAAAUUCUUUAGGGAACCUCGUGGAUCUCCAAACAGAGGUGAGCCAUUUGAUGUUGUUUUAUCCGACUCUACCAAGAUGUUUUUAACCGACUACAGUUCCUCAAAGUUACCUGCUGGAACCCAUUUAUUCUACGCUGAUAUUGAAGGUUAUUUUACACCUGAAGAAACCUCAGCCUACGAGUUUGGUUGCUCAUGUUUGGGAACUGCUCAAAUGUUUGUGGACGAUGAACUUGUUGUUGAUAAUAAAACGCACCAGGUGAAGGGUGAUGCCUUUUUUUUAGGAUUGGGUACUCGUGAGGAGAAGGGCCAGAUAGAUUUGGAAAAAGGCAAAAAGUACAAAUUGAGAGUGGAAUUCGGAACUAGUCCUACCAGCAAGCUACUUGCUGGAGUUCACGACACUGGAGGAGUCUUCUUUGGAGCGCAGAUCAAGACUACUGAUGAGGUGGCUUUGGAGAAAGCUCUCGAUCUCGCCAAAAGAGCAGACAAGGUAGUCUUGGUUGCUGGAUUAUGCAAGGAUUGGGAAUCUGAAGGUUACGAUAGGAAAAUUAUGGAAGUUCCAGGCUGGACAGAUAAAUUGAUUGCUGAAGUGUGCAAAGUGAACCAAAAUGUUAUUGUCGUAAAUCAGUCUGGAUCUCCAAUUUCCAUGCCGUGGAUAAACAAGGUGAAGGCACUUGUCCACGCAUGGUACGGAGGUAACGAACUAGGCAACGCAAUCGCUGACGUGCUCUUUGGUGAUGUCAACCCCAGUGGAAAAUUGUCACUCACGUUCCCGGAAAAAUUGGAGCAUAAUCCAUCUUUUUUGAACUUCGGCUCUACCAACAGUCGUGUCUUGUAUGGAGAGGAUGUUUUUGUGGGCUACAAGUAUUAUGAGAAAGUAGACAGAAAGCCAUUAUUUCCUUUUGGUUUUGGACUUUCGUACACCACUUUCGCUUUCAACAAUAUCCAGACUGUCAUCGAUGGAGAUCACAUUGUUGCCAAUUUGGAUGUUUCCAACACUGGUGAAGUAGACGGUGCUGAGGUUGUACAAUUGUAUGUGAAGCCUCAGAAUCCAAGUAUCAUCCGUCCCGUUAAGGAGCUCCGCGACUUUGGGAAGGUUUUCUUAAAGUCUGGUGAGACGAAAACGUUGACAUUGAAGACUUCUCUCUUGGAGGCAACCUCAUACUGGGAUUCUUACCAGAAGAAAUGGUUGUCUGAAAAGGAUACUUACACCAUUAUUUUGGCAACUUCAUCAGACAAAGUUGUUGGUCAGUCAGAUAUAACAACCGUGGCUGACAAGUUCUGGCUGGGAUUGUAA